GUACCUUUUACUUAUUCAGUAAUUAGGUGGAAAAAAAAAAGAGUUAAAGUCGUAAAGAACGCGUGUGGCGACUAUUAUCUUCGUAAUAAGUUAAUUUCUCAAGAGAUCAAGAUAGAAUAUCGAUUUACCUUGUGCCGUCGUUGGAAAGAAGAUAUCACCCGAGUUCAACAAUUAAACAAGAAAAAAAACUAUAUUCAGAAGCAAGAAAUCAUGGUAGCCAGCAAUCGAGUUCGGGAUAUCGAUGUCGAUAGACCGAGUCAUACCGAACAAUUAGCUAAUUGGAUCAGUAGAGUCCGCUGCAAGAAAUUAAUGUGUCGUCGUAACCGUAAACGUGAUUUACGUGUCGAAGCAGUGCUUACUUGCGCGCUUUUCAAAGCCGAACAUGAAUUGCGUAGUAAACAAUUGUCUCGCAUUUCAAAAUGGCAACAAUUCAAAAAGCAAUUCUUGAAAGACGCAGACUAUACGAAUUGCAACUUUUACAAUACCGAAGAUCUGAAGAAUUCAAAAUGUUACGAAGAGAGGAAUCCAUGGCAGGGUCCUUUGUGUCCGGAAUUAAGCAGUUUGGACAAUUUCAUGUCGAAAUUGGGUGAGAUCAAAGUACCGUUGCAGCGGUGAAGAGACUUGAAAAGGAAGCUCCUGGGUCUGAAAAACCUAGGAACGCGAUGGGAACCCGAU